UAGCGAGGCGCCCCGCGAAAACGUGUGCGCAUGCGCGCUGCGUCACAGCCCAUCUGGUCGGAGCUUCUGCGGCGCUCGGUAGUUAGCGGAACCAAAACAAGGCUUGACGAGGCCCUCGCAACGACGAGAACGAGAGAGCGAACGAACGAGGAUUUGAGGACCCCCGACCCCCACCCCACCGGCCAGGACGCGUCUCCAGAGACACCGGGAAGGAAGGCCGCCUGUGCGUCCGUGUGCGCGCGCUACGACAAAGACUUUUUGGAUGAGGGGAGCAUGACGUCCUUCGGCCGGACCGGGCUCCGUGUCCCCUCGCUGCUGCCGCUGCUGCUGCUGAUCCUGGUCCGGGCGCGGGCGGGCCGCCCGGACCGCGGCAGCGUCGUCUUGGCGUCGGAGGAGUACGUGAGCGCCACGGUCAACGCCACAGCCGUGGACGCGCGGGGACACGCCGUCCACAUCAUGAGCAGCGAAGACGGAACCUACGGACAGAACUCGCCCAAAGUCGACACCCGCGCGUUAGUCGUCGUCACGCCCGCGCCGCGGCACGGAGCGGCGGAUCGUCAGGGCUGCGACCCCCACACGCGCUUUGCGGCUCCUCCUCGCGGCGUCCAGUGGGUGGCGCUGCUGCAGCGAGGAAACUGCACGUUCAAGGAGAAAAUCCUGAAGGCCGCCGCCUUCAACGCCUCCGCCGUGCUCAUCUACAACAACUCCACCAACAAGACUGUCAAGAUGGGCCACGAAGGUACGGGCGACACGGUGGCGGUGAUGAUCACGGAAAGGUACGGCAAAGACAUCCUGGCCCAGCUGGAGAGGAAUCUGAGCGUGGUGGUGACGGUCCUGGUGGGUCAGCGCAUUCCAACCAAGACCGUCAACCGGGGCUCGCUGGUCUUUGUGUCCAUCUCCUUCAUCGUCCUCAUGAUCAUCUCCUCUGCUUGGCUCAUCUUCUACUUCAUCCAGAAGAUACGAUACGGCGCGGCGCCCCACCGUGGCCACCGUCGUCUGGGCGAUGCGGCCAAGAAGGCCAUCGGCAAGUUGAGCACCAGGACGGUGAAGAAAGGAGAUAAGGAGACGGAUCCUGACUUCAACCACUGCGCCGUUUGUAUUGAAGCGUACCAGCUGAACGACGUCGUCCGCAUCCUUCCCUGCAAGCACGUGUUCCACAAGGCGUGCGUGGAUCCGUGGCUGAACGAGCACUGCACGUGUCCCAUGUGCAAACUCAACAUCCUCAAGGCCCUCGGCAUCGCGAGCGGCGUCCCGUGCGCGGACGGCGAGGUCGCGGACGCGGAGCGCUCCGGUGGGAGUCUGGCGCCCGCCGGCCCGAGGGCGUCGCUCGCUCAGCGCGGCGGCGGGCCCGCCGUCAGCCUGGAGCCGCUGAGCCCGCCCUGCCCGGAGGCCCCGCCCCGCUCCCCCACUGACAUCGCCAUUGCCGUCACCGGUGGUCACUUCUUCACGUCGACGCCUCCGCCUCGCACAGAGCUGCCCGACCUUCAGGCCCCUCUGGACCUCUACGAUGACAAGUCCUGAAGGCCAGCGCCGUGGCAACCCCUCCGCCUCCUUCUCACACACACACGCACACGCACACGCACACACACGUAAACAAAAAGGUUUUGACCUGCGUAGUGACAGUGGACUUGAGAACUCCAAAGUGUUGUAGAUGAAGCGGAUCACUCUGGAUCCGGUCACACCGGGUUUGGGAGUAGAAGAAGGCCGCAGGAAGCCAACCCCUGAAUCUUCCAUGAAAAACUGAAUUCCUCGGUAGGUUCUAUGUUCAUCAAGGCUCUGAGAAGUUGCGCUCGCACUUGCGGGUCCUCGUUUUUCAUUUCUUAUGUGCCCAAAUGGUUCGCGACAUGUUUUACGGGGGGACGAGGGCCCCGUCCGUCCGUCUCGAGGAUCCCGGAGAAGUUACUCUUCCAGAAGUAGUUGUUCUUCCAGUGUUUUGUUCCUUAUUAGAAAAGCCAAUUGCCCGAAUUCCAGAGUGCCUGAAUGUUGGUCAGCGGACGCGACUGCAGCUGGAUCACGACCAAAGAAUCAGAACCACUGGCGCUUUGAAGCAAGUGCGGAACAAUCCUGAGACCAGAAGCAGAACUUCCGUAGAGACGCCCCCGCCCCCACUACCACCCUCUGCCGCCGCGACCAAUCACUUUGAAGCAACAGUCACCCGCCGGCGAGUCCUGCCGCGAUGGUGCCCGCGUCCCCCGUUGUCACGUCGCUACGGUCAUCGUCUUGGCCGCUCAAAGAUGACCGAUCGUCCAAAACGGAAACCGGGCUGACCUUUCAAUGCAAACCCCCUUCACCCCAACAUUAGCCGUGCUCAGCGCAAAUACUGCAAGCUGAGAUUUGCACAAAGGACAGAAGGAAAAGUUGAACUUGGGUUCGCAUCGGAAGACAAAGGGAACGCAGGCGUCCAAGUGGCUUCAGAAUAUUAAAUUCAUGUGCUACUUUGCUCAUUAGCCUAGCUGCUAACUAGCCUGACGACAUCCUUUAGUUUCCCUCGUAGAAACCCCCGACGGCAUCUCGGUCGUAUGAACGGACCGAGCGAAGCUUUGACGGUGGCGGAGGGCUGCUCCUUGACGAGGGCCAAUCCAUUGAAUGAGUAGCAUUAAAACGCCAUGAACCCAAAUGUAUACAAUCUAAGGAGCAAUAUCAUGAGAAAAUGCAUAUUCCGCAGCCUAUGACAACUGUGAGCCAAAGCGUACAAACUCCAUGAACAAUACUCGCAUUUGCAGAUUUAGUCAUAAGGAGAACCAGACAGCGGUUCAUAUCGCAACCGGGCACGUUCAAGUUUCCGGUUGCCAGCGCAAGGCCAAUGGGAGGCGUGCGAUUGCUCCAAGUUUGAUGGUGGGCAAAUCGGGACUUCUUGAACUGCGAUUCAACUACCGUCAACCGAGACGGGACAGAGUUGUUUGCACACGGCAAAGGGAAAUGGAGCAAAAGCUCCAAUCAUUUCCGCAAUAACUUCAAUCAUUUGAUGACUGAACGUUUGUUGUACAAUAUGAGGACAAACUCAGCUCCAAACGGCGUGACGUGUCUGUGUGUACCAAACAUGGAAUUGAUGUACUGUAGUUUCUUGGUAGUCUGUCGCUAUUAAAAUGCCGCUCCGUUGA